CCAUCCCUCGACAGAAGGGGAGGAGGAACCUCUCCUCUGUGUUUACUCCCGACACUGAUCACUUGGCUGCAGACACACGGAUAAUACCACACCACGGCUGGGAAGAUGUUUUUUCUGCUGCAUACGGUUACCCUCUAUACUCUGAGCGUCUUUAGCGGAGCAUCCGCCGCCACUCACUAUAAUUGCAAUGGUCCUCUGGUAUCCACAUUACCCCAUUCAUCCUUUCAGAGCUCCUCUCACUCCUCAGUCAGCUAUGCUGCUUACAACGCCAAGCUCAACAGAAGAGAUGGAGCAGGGGGCUGGUCUCCCAUGGUGACCGACCAAGAGCCCUGGCUCCAGGUGGACCUCAGGGAGCAGAUGGAGGUGACGGCAGUGGCCACGCAGGGACGCUAUGACAGCUGGGACUGGGUCAGCAGUUACCUGCUGCUCUACAGUGACACGGGCCGGGCCUGGAAACAGUACAGGCAUGAAGACGGUGUAGCAAGGUUUGUCGGGAAUGUGAAUUCGGAGGCUGUUGUCCAGAACAAGCUGUCCCACUCAGUGAGGACCCGUUUCCUUCGUUUCAUCCCUCUUGACUGGAACCCAAGUGGCUGGAUGGGCCUCAGAGUGGAGGUGUACGGCUGCUCCUACAAGUCAUAUGUGGCAGACUUUGACGGCAGAAGCUCCUUGCUGUAUCGGUUCAACCAGAAGUCCAUGUCAACAGUGAAAGAUGUGAUCUCUCUUCGGUUCAAGAGCCAUCAGGCUGAGGGUGUUUUACUGCAUGGAGAGGGGCAGAGAGGAGAUUACAUCACCCUGGAGCUUCACCGAGGGAGACUAGACCUCUACCUCAACUUAGACGACAGCAGGCUGAGGUUCAGCAGUAGAUGUGUCGCUGUCACUGUGGGCAGCCUGUUGGAUGACCAGCACUGGCACUCUGUCCAUGUAGAGCGCUUCAACAAGCAGGUUAACCUCACAGUGGACUCCCACUCACAGCACUUCCAAACCAAAGGGGAAGGGCACUCACUGGAGGUGGACUACGAGCUGAGUUUUGGAGGCAUUCCGCUGCCUGGUAAACCCGGUACCUUCCUCAGGAGGAACUUCCACGGCUGCAUGGAAAACCUCUACUACAAUGGAAUCAAUAUCAUAGACCUGGCAAAGAGACGCAAGCCACAGAUACACAGCGUGGGCAAUGUGACCUUCUCGUGCUCGCAGCCCCAGCUGGUGGCCUGCACCUUCCUGAGCUCCAGCAGCAGCUUUCUGUCGCUUCCGCCAGCAGCAUCUGCCACGGGGGGUUUCUCUGUCCGUUUCCAGUUCAGGACGUGGAACACAAACGGGCUGCUGCUCUCUGUGCAGCUGAACCCGGAGCCACAGAGACUGGAGCUGCUGAUCAGCAACAGCCGGCUGCACCUGACCCUCCAGAGCUCAGGACAACAGAAAUCAGAGGUCUCUGCCGAUUACAGAGUCAACGACGGACUGUGGCAUUCUGUGAGUCUUGACACGAGGAAUUCACGUAUCACUUUAACACUGGAUAGUGAGCCAUCCUCCACAAUUGAAGUAUGGGAACAACAGGAAUCAAGAGGCAAUUUUUAUUUUGGAGGCUGUCCCACUCUGGACUGUCGUUACCCAUCUCCUGCCUUCCAGGGGUGUAUGCGGCUCAUAUUCAUCAACAGCCAGCCAAUGAAUCUCAGUCGUGUGCAGCAAGGAUUGCUGGGAAAUUAUAAUGAGCUUCGGUUUGACACCUGCACUAUAAGAGACAGAUGCCUUCCUAACCUGUGUGAACACAGAGGCCGCUGUUCUCAGUCUUGGAGCUCCUUCUCCUGCGACUGUUCAGGAACAGGAUACUCUGGAGCCACCUGUCACAACUCCAUCUACGAGUUAUCCUGUGAGGCCUACAAGCUGAUUGGCAGCUCCUCGGGCUUCUACUCCAUUGAUCCAGAUGGGAGUGGUCCCCUGGGGCCCACACAGGUAUACUGCAACAUGACAGACGAGAAGGUGUGGACGGUGUUGACCCACAACAGCACAGCUCCAGUCACCGUCCAGGGCUCCUCUCUUCAGAGACCUCAUAUCAUGAAGUUCAACUACAGCGCCUCAGCUGAACAACUGCAUGCCAUCGUAUCAAGGUCAGAGCAGUGCCAACAGGAAGUGGUUUACAACUGCAGGAAGUCCCAUCUCUUUAACACAAAAGAUGGCAGCCCGCUGUCCUGGUGGCUGGACCGGGAGGGAGAGAAGCGAAGCUAUUGGGGAGGCUUCCUGCCUGGAGUUCAGCAGUGCUCCUGCAGCCUGGAGGAGAACUGCAUGGACAUGAACUACUUCUGCAACUGUGACGCGGAUACAGAAGCAUGGGCAAAUGACACAGGAAUCCUGUCCUAUAAAGACCACCUACCAGUGAGCCAGAUAGUGAUUGGAGACACCAACAGAACGGGCUCGCAGGCUAUCUACCACGUCGGCCCUCUGCGUUGUUAUGGAGACAAGUCUGUAUGGAAUGCAGCCACUUUCUACCAGGAGUCCUCCUACCUCUACUUCCCCACCCCGCAGGCCGAACUCGCCUCUGAUAUCUCCUUCUACUUCAAGACUAGCGCUCCUUCAGGAGUGUUUCUAGAGAACUUGGGCCUCAAAGACUUCAUCAGAGUGGAGCUCAGCUCUCCCUCAGUCGUGACUUUCUCUUUUGAUGUGGGAAACGGUCCGGCGGUCCUGUCCGUGAAGUCCCACCUCCCUCUGAAUGACAGGCAGUGGCACCACGUGAGGGCAGAGCGUAACGUGAAGGAGGCCUCCCUGCAGGUCGACCAGCUCCCCCUCCGCUUCCUGGAGGCUCCAGCUGAUGGACACCUCCGCUUACGGCUCAGCAGUCAGCUGUUUGUAGGGGGAACAGCGUCCCAGCAGAAAGGCUUCCUGGGCUGCAUCAGGAGUUUGACGGUCAACAGCGUGAGCUUUGACCUGGAGGAGAGGGCCAAGAUGACGCCGGGGGUGAGCUCCGGUUGUCCCGGCUACUGCAGCGGCUCCAGCAGCCUCUGCCACAACAGGGGGAGGUGUAUCGAGAAGAGCAACGGCUACGUCUGUGACUGUUCCCAGUCUGCCUACGGGGGAACCACCUGUAACCAAGAGGUAUCGGUGUCCUUCGACAGAGAGUCCUCAGUGACCUACACCUUCCAGGAGCCUUUCUCAGUGAUGCAGAACAGAAGCUCACAGGCCUCCAGUGUCUCUGUAGAAAGCAGCAGCAGCAGAGCCAGAGAGGACAUGGCCUUCAGCUUCAUCACCUCCCAGAGCCCGGCCAUGCUGCUGACUGUCAGCACCUUCAGCCAGCAGUACAUCACUGUCAUCCUGGCCAGGAACGGGAGUCUGCAGAUCUGGUAUCACCUUCAGACAGACAGGAGUCCUGACGUGUUCAGCCCCACCGUCAGCAACCUGGCCGACGGACGACUCCAUCAAGUUAGAAUCCAUCGAGUGGGAAAAAACCUUUAUGUGCAGAUGGACCAGGACAUCCACAGAAAGUACACGCUAUCAUCUGAUGCAGAGCUGAUCUUAAUCAGAACCUUGACACUGGGCAAAGUCAUCAGAGAGGAGAACUUCAGUGAGGAAGUGAUGCAAGCAGCUUCAAAAGGUUUCAUUGGCUGCCUCUCCUCGGUCCAGUUCAACCAUGUUGCACUGCUGAAAGCGGCGCUGACAAACCGAGGGAGCUCAUUGGUCACCAUCCGUGGUCCAUUGGUCCAAUCAAAUUGUGGAGCUCUGGUAGAUUCCUCCUCACACACUCUGCAAGAUCAAGGUGCAACACCAAAUAAAGAGAAUGAGCCUCGUGGCCAUGGUACACAAAAGGAUAUGGCUGUAAUAGCAGGAGUGGUCACAGCAGUGGUCUUCAUUGCUGUGUGUGCUCUGGCUGUGAUGACCCGCCUCCUCUACCAGCGGCGGCAGGCCCAGAGGAACAACAGUAUCAAGGAGGAGCACAGACACAGCAUGUACACAGACUACAGGACAGAGCUGCACCUCCACAACUCAGUCAGGGACAACAUGAAGGAGUACUACAUCUGAUCACAGUGUACUCUAUGGGCCUAAGCCACAAACUUACCUCUCUCGUAUAAAAGGACUAACAGGUGGAUGUGCUGCUGCAGCGUUCCUUACAACAAACAUGUCUUGUGCCCUGGAAGUCUCCCAGGAACACUCAAAAAGCCUGUAGCUGGUAGUCCACUUUCUUAAUGCUCCACUGCAAGCAAGUGGCUGAGUCUUUACAGCUGUUUGUGUAUGUGAUGUUGGUGAAACUGUCAGAAUCAAGCUGCUGUGGUUUCUGUCGCUGCAAAAUGUAUAAAGCAAAAGAUGAAUGUUAGCCGGGAGUGGACUGAGGGACACCAUAAGUGCAGUGAGCAAAAGCUGCUGCCCAUCCUGAAUGCGCACAACUUAAAACAUUUUGUUUGAAACCUUCAAAAUGCUGAAUAUUCCCACAUUUCAGUGGGACACACUAAAUUGUACUUGCAAGUCAGGAAAAGUAGGCCAGGUCUGUAAGAUAUGCGUACAUUCGCUGCUGUCUUUGUUUUUUCAGUGGUGGUGAAUGUUGUAGAAGAAGAAAAGGGGCCAAUACUGCCUAUACUGUAUGAGUGCCUAAUUCAAAUACAAGUUUUUAUUUUAACAUUUUAGAAUUUAUCGGUGCGAUUUGCACAAAGGCACUCACAUUUACAUAGAGAGGAGCUUAUUCAGUCAUUCAGUUCUUAUUGUCAUUCAGUUCUGCAACCCUCACUACACAGAAUCAAAGGACAUUUAAAUUUCUCUCAGUAACACAACUCUCAGUAAUGUUUCUUUCAUUGAGCUGUUUUCCACUGCGUUGUUUGAAGAAAGCGUGAAAAUUUACAAGCCUAAAUAACCUACUAAAUCUGGGAAGCUCUUAUCUUUUGCUGACCUUGUACGUACCAGAACGGUACCUCUCAACACUUAUGAAUAUUUCAAGUUUUCAAGUCCCUCAGUAAGGGUUGUGCACCAUUCAGGCCACAUAUAUUCAGUUGAAGGCAGGAUAAGAAUGACUUAUGAAAUUGUGUUUUGCCUUUAAUAAAUGUGUUCAUUCUCCUUGUGUAUUAUUUCUCCAGUACAUAAAAAACAAAUCCAGAAACACUUGUGUAUAUUGUAU